AAAAGAAAAAGGGUUCGAAAACUAUAAAAAAUAAAAAUAAAUAUUUAAAGAGAGAGAAAAGAAAACAAAGGAAUCGGAGAGUUUGUGGGCGAAAAUCGGUUUUGCACAACGAACGAUUCAACGGCAUAAUUUGCCGGCCAACAAAACCUCAAAAGACAAAAAUGCUUCUUUCUCUUUUCCUUCUCUGUUCUCUUUCUAUCUCACAUUCUCAAUUCCCUAACUUUUCUCCAUUUUCAAUGGCGUAUUGAAGAAGAAGAAAGAAGAAAUAGGAAGCACAAGAAGAAGAAGAAGUGUUGUUGGCAUUGGUGGACGGGUUGUGUUUUGAUCAGGAGGACGGUCCUCAGGUGAAAGAUCUGAGGCUUUUUUUUUUUUUCUUCAAUUCAUCUUUUGUUAAAAAAAAAAUCAGCAAUCAACACAUAAAGAAAAAAAGAAAAUAAAAUAAAAUAAAAAGAAAUGAGCGCUUCGAGGUUUAUCAAGUGCGUCACUGUUGGUGAUGGUGCCGUUGGUAAAACUUGCCUCUUGAUAUCUUACACCAGCAACACCUUCCCUACGGAUUAUGUGCCAACUGUUUUCGACAAUUUCAGUGCAAAUGUGGUCGUCAAUGGGAGCACUGUUAACCUGGGUUUGUGGGAUACUGCUGGGCAAGAGGAUUACAAUAGAUUAAGACCUCUAAGUUACCGUGGAGCUGAUGUUUUCAUACUGGCAUUCUCUCUCAUUAGCAAGGCCAGUUAUGAAAAUGUAUCCAAGAAGUGGAUUCCAGAGUUGAAACAUUAUGCGCCUGGGGUCCCAAUUGUUCUCGUUGGAACAAAGCUUGAUCUCCGGGAUGAUAAGCAGUUCUUUAUAGACCACCCUGGUGCUGUACCCAUUACUGCAGCUCAGGGAGAGGAACUGAGGAAGCUGAUUGGUGCACCUGCUUACAUUGAAUGCAGUUCAAAAACACAGCAGAAUGUCAAGGGAGUUUUCGAUCAAGCUAUCAGAGUUGUCCUUCAGCCACCCAAGCAGAAAAAAAAGAAGAAUAAAGCGCAAAGGGCCUGUUCCAUAUUGUGAUUGAAAUGAGGAAGUUAACGGCCUCUUUGCAUACCAUAUUCCACUUCUUCUCUUUCCAUCGCUCUUAAAGAAGCUCAGUUAUUGUCCCAACAGAUUAAUUAGGAUCUUUGUGAAACAUCAGGUGGUUUGGUAUUGCUUUCUUGGACUAUUGUGGAUGUCUAAUUGUUGAAUUCAGUUGUGUAGUUGCCCACCUCCUUCUCUUCUGUCCCGGUUUUGAUAUGUUUUAUGUAUUAAUAGACUGGAAUAUCCCAGUUAGGAAAACAACCUUGCCGCCUUGGAUGGAUUCUAUCUAUUAGCGUAUCAUUUCAAGGGCUGGGCUUGUGCUAUCAAUUUCAUGCUCAGUUUAUUAGCAA